AGAAAAGAGUAGAACACUCCAGAACCACUCCCAUUUCUCUCUCUCCUAUAUAAACCUCCUCAUUUCUGCACCUCACCUCCAUCUCAAAAUCUACCAUCGUCAAUCGCAAGAAAAACUCAACGCAAUUCCCAAAGCACAAUCCACUCUCUCAAUCGCGAAAUUUCUAGGGUUUAAUUUGGUGAAGGUUCAUCAAUGGCGGACGUAGCAAUGGGUGACGCAGAGACCUUCGCAUUCCAGGCGGAAAUCAACCAGCUUCUUAGCCUUAUCAUCAACACUUUCUACUCUAACAAAGAGAUUUUCCUUCGCGAACUCAUCUCCAACUCUUCAGAUGCGUUGGAUAAGAUUAGGUUUGAGAGUUUGACGGAUAAGAGUAAGCUUGAUGCGCAGCCGGAGUUGUUCAUCAGGCUUGUUCCAGACAAAGCUAACAAGACCCUGUCGAUUUUUGACAGUGGUAUUGGUAUGACUAAAGCAGACUUGGUGAACAACUUGGGUACAAUCGCCCGAUCUGGCACCAAGGAAUUCAUGGAGGCUCUGCAAGCUGGUGCAGAUGUUAGCAUGAUUGGUCAAUUUGGUGUUGGUUUCUACUCAGCUUACUUGGUUGCUGAGAAGGUCAUUGUGACUACCAAGCACAAUGAUGAUGAGCAGUACGUUUGGGAGUCUCAAGCUGGUGGUUCCUUCACUGUUACCCGGGACACCACUGGUGAACAACUUGGACGGGGUACUAAGAUCACUCUCUAUCUCAAGGAAGAUCAGUUGGAGUAUUUGGAAGAGAGAAGGAUCAAGGAUCUUGUAAAAAAACACUCUGAAUUCAUCAGCUACCCAAUCUACCUCUGGACAGAAAAAACCACAGAGAAGGAAAUCAGUGACGAUGAAGACGAAGAUGAAUCUAAGAAGGAAGAAGAGGGUGCUGUUGAAGACGUAGACGAAGACAAAGACAAGGACAAGAAAAAGACGAAGAAGAUCAAGGAGGUAUCCCAUGAAUGGGAACAGAUCAACAAACAAAAACCAAUUUGGCUCCGAAAACCCGAGGAAAUCACCAAAGAAGAAUACGCUUCCUUCUACAAGAGCUUAACUAACGACUGGGAAGACCACCUUGCUGUCAAACACUUCUCGGUCGAAGGCCAACUCGAGUUUAAAGCUGUUCUUUUCGUUCCAAAGCGGGCCCCAUUCGACCUUUUCGAUACCCGAAAGAAGCCCAACAAUAUCAAGCUCUAUGUUAGAAGAGUGUUCAUCAUGGACAAUUGUGAGGAGAUUAUACCUGAGUACCUCAGCUUUGUCAAGGGUGUGGUUGAUUCUGAUGAUUUGCCACUCAACAUUUCCCGCGAGAUGCUGCAACAGAACAAGAUUUUGAAGGUGAUAAGGAAGAAUUUAGUGAAGAAAUGUAUCGAGAUGUUUAACGAGAUUGCAGAGAAUAAGGAUGACUAUAACAAGUUUUACGAGGCGUUUUCGAAGAAUAUUAAGUUGGGUGUUCAUGAAGAUAGUCAAAACAGGGUUAAGUUAGCUGAGCUUCUGCGGUAUUAUUCGACGAAGAGUGGUGAGGAUAUGACUAGCUUGAAGGAUUAUGUGACAAGGAUGAAGGAAGGUCAGAAGGAUAUUUACUACAUUAGUGGAGAAAGUAAAAAGGCGGUUGAGAAUUCGCCGUUUUUAGAGAAGUUGAAGAAGAGAGGUUAUGAGGUUUUGUACAUGGUUGACGCCAUUGAUGAGUAUUCGGUUGGGCAGUUGAAGGAAUACGAGGGGAAGAAACUCGUUUCUGCAACGAAAGAAGGGUUGAAACUCGACGAUGAAACGGAGGAAGAAAAGAAGAAAAAGGAAGAGAAGAAGCAAUCAUUUGAGAAUUUAUGUAAGGUGAUUAAGGAUGUUUUAGGUGAUAAGGUUGAAAAAGUCGUGGUUUCGGACCGUAUUGUGGAUUCCCCUUGUUGUUUGGUUACCGGCGAGUAUGGUUGGAGUGCGAAUAUGGAGCGGAUAAUGAAAGCGCAGGCGUUGAGGGAUAGUAGUAUGGGUGGGUAUAUGUCAAGUAAGAAGACUAUGGAGAUUAAUCCUGAUAAUGGGAUUAUGGAGGAGUUAAGGAAACGAGCUGAGGUUGAUAAGAAUGAUAAGUCUGUUAAGGAUCUUGCUAUGUUGUUGUUUGAGACUGCAUUGUUGACUUCUGGGUUUAGUUUGGAGGAUCCGAAUGUGUUUGCGGGUCGGAUUCAUAGGAUGUUGAGGCUUGGAUUGAGUAUUGACGAGGAAGGGGAAGAUGAAGGUGGUGAUGAAGAUGCUGAGAUGCCGGAGUUGGAGGAAGUGGAAAGCAAGAUGGAGGAGGUUGAUUAAGGUGUUGUUUAUUUCAACAAGUAAUUUUUUGACUCGUUGGUUUAACCAAAGGUGUCUCUAGGCCUUGAUAGUUGUAAUUGUUCUUCUAGUGGUAUAAGUUUGUUUCUUUUGUGUUUGUGUUGAACUUGGUUGUGGUUUUCUGGAUGUAAUUUGUCAAGUUCAAGUUCAAUAGUAUAAAUCGUUUUGGUCUUUAA